AUGGCGCGAAUUUCCGGGCACUUCCCGGCAUUUCCCGCUACCACCUUGCUCUUCCUCAUCCUCGUCGUAACUUAUCUCCGGCAAUGCUCUGGUGGUGGCCAUGACUACCAUGACGCCCUCCGUAAAAGUAUUCUCUUCUUCGAAGGCCAACGCUCCGGCAAGCUCCCCCCUGACCAAAGAGUCAGGUGGCGCAGAGACUCCGCAUUGCACGACGGAGCCACCGCCGGAGUGGAUUUAAGAGGAGGAUACUACGAUGCUGGUGACAACGUAAAAUUUGGGUUCCCAAUGGCAUUCACAAUCACAAUGUUGUCAUGGAGCAUUAUAGACUUUGGUCGGAACAUGGGUGGCGAGUUGGGCAAUGCUAUAAGGGCAGUGAAAUGGGGUACAAAUUAUUUAUUAAAGGCAACAGCUAAGGAUGGCAUUGUGUACGUACAAGUAGGCGAUCCAUUGUCGGAUCAUAACUGUUGGGAAAGGCCCGAGGAUAUGGACACGUCGAGGAUGGCGUACAGGAUCGAUGUCAACCACCCCGGCUCAGACGUGGCGGGGGAAACCGCCGCUGCCUUGGCCGCGGCCUCGAUUGUGUUCCGGUCACGUGACCCGGCCUACUCUAGGCUCCUACUUAAUCGUGCCGUUAAAGUGUUCGAGUUUGCUGACAGGCACCGGGGUGCGUACAGUUCCAGCCUGCACUCUGCUGUCUGCCCUUUUUACUGUGAUGUCAAUGGUUACCAGGUAUCCUUUUACAAUUAA